CACAUCUUUGCCAUACAUUUGGAUUUCAGUCCAUUUAAUGAAGAUCUUGGUGCCACAGAAGUUUGUGACAAAGCUCAUGUAACACACAUUAACAAAAGAGUAUUUGACUAUUUAUUUUGCUUGUUUAAUUUAAAUGCAGGUGAGCCAGCUUAAAUUUCUGGAGUACUUAGUAAAUUGGGUGCCUCUGCCCUUCGUUGGAGGCUUUGCUGAAGUUUCAGCAAGAACAAUGCUUGAUCUAACUUGGAAAAUUCAAAAUUAUACCACGUAAUCGCAUUGUCUAAAGAUUCCAUGAAGAUUUGUGAUCCACAAUUUCACAUUACCUGUUUCCAAGGUCUUCUACUGGGAAGAUUCCCAGUAAGUGUUCCAAAUUGCGUAACUGAUAGAGCUACAGCCCGCACAAGUUAUUAGUUGAUAUUGCAUUUGGGUUUCCAUGAAUAUUCCAAAUUAUACUUUGGGAUCAUAGGUAUUUGUUUUAUAAAUGUUGAUAUAAUGAUGUUUGAGUAGCAUGGCAAAAGAUUUGCUCUGCUGAACUGAUUUGUGAUCCUUUUCUUGCUGUUUUCUGUAUGCUGGUCAUAUUCGGUUUCUUCAGUACAUAAAAGGAAAAAUCUGGUUGUUUAAUUUGGAUCACCCCAGCCUUGGGAACAGUAAAGGCCCAAUUAUCACACAUAUACUGAUAAGACACCCAAGAGUACAAUCCCAAUACUCCAUCUCAGAAAUUGCAUAUAACAGUAAGUAGGAUGAGGAUUUGCCCUAGAAUUGCGUAUAGUAAGACCUCAUAGUCUCAAACUCGGAGAUGACACCUAAUAGCAGGAAGAAACGCCCUAGCCAUUCUCAAGAGUAACCACCCAAUGGUCUCCAACUCAGAGAUUUCAUUAAGGACAGGGGAAAUUACCCCAACUUUGCAAACAGUAGAAUUCCAAUAGUCUAUAGCUCAGAAAUUAUGGGUAGCACCCUUGCAAAGAUUAAAAGCCCAGUAAUCUCAAGCUCUGAGAUUACAGACAUCCAGUCUUGCAAAUACUAGAAUCGUAAUAUUCUCACUUCUAAAUACUAGGAAAAAGGAAUUGUGCUUUGUUUUCACAGAAGAAGAAGAGAGCAUUGCAAUAAGCCGUGAUCUGUUUGUAAUUAAUCUGAUAGAUUAUGUCACUGACUAGCGACAAUCCCUCACCCAGGACUCUGUCGUCUACAUCAAGGAGAUACCAUGUUUUCUUAAGUUUCAGAGGGGAGGACUUGAGAAGAACAUUUGUAGAUCACCUAUAUGCUUCCUUAAAAAAUGCAGGGGUUAAUACAUUCCUGGAUAGCCAUGAUAUUAAAAGGGGGGAUGAGAUCAGUUCAACUAUUAAUAAGGCAAUCGGCAAUAGUGACAUUCUCAUUCCUAUUUUCUCCAAGAAUUUCGCAGAGUCCCAUUGGUGCCUGGACGAGGUAACUCACAUGUGCAAAGCAAAUGGUAUAAUUAUACCCUUAUUCUAUGAUGUCAAGCCAACAGAAGUAAGGAAUCCUUGGAGAGGUGCCUUUGCCAAGGCUUUUGAGGAGAAGAAACAAAGAUACAUACCGGAAAGAAUAAGUGAGUGGGAAAGCGCUCUUCAUAAAGUUUCCUCUUUCUCUGGCUGGUGUCCAGAUGACGUAUCCGGGUUUGAAGCACAACUCGUCAAGCUUAUAGUUCAGGAUGUUUUCAAGAGAUUAGAUCAAAAUGCAACCCCACUGGAGGAAGCUCUACCCCAGCCCUUAGAAGAAGAUCCCUCAGAUACAAUACCCCAGGAGAUCAGAAAUGAACCACUUAGAAUUUCAAAGACAAUCUUAAUGGGUAUGGAAGAACAUAUGGGUAAAGUUAUAAAAAUGCUCAAUACAGAUUCUGAUGAGAAUGUCCUCACAGUUGCCAUUUAUGGAAAUGGGGGUGUGGGAAAAAACUCACUCGCAAAGGCCAUCCACAAUCACAUUUAUCUCAAAUUUGAUGCUACCUGCAUUGUAUAUGAUGUGCGUCAUAAAGCCCAAAAUACAAAUGGUGUGGCUAAAAUGCAGCGCCAGAUCUUGAAAGACCUUGUCAAGUUCAAGGAUAAAGUUAAUGAUGAGGUUCAUGGAAAGAUGUUGAUGAAGGGCCAUUUGAGGUCCAUCAAGGCCCUUGUUAUUCUGGAAUAUGUUGAUGACUGGAAGCAGUUGGAGGCUCUACGAGGGGAUUGGUUUGGACCAGGUAGCAGAGUGAUUGUAACAACGCUUGACCCUGACAUACUAAAGAAUGAAAAUGGAAGUUUUGUUUAUGAAAUGCAGGGACUGGCUAAGGAACCUGCUCUUCAAUUUUUUAGCUGGCAUGCUUUCACGAGAGAUCAACCUGAAGAAGAUUAUAAAGAAUUGUCAUUUAAAUCUGUGGAUAUUUGCAAUAGGUUGCCAUUUUCACUUGAAGUUCUGGGUGCUCAUUUGUAUAAUAGAGAUUUAAGCCAUUGGAAACAAGCCAUUCAAACACUAGAAUAUUCAAGUUACCAUGGCAAGAAUUCCAUUCUUAGACUUUGUUACGAUGGCCUCGAAUCUGAAGAGAAGGAGAUGUUUCUAGACAUGGCCUGUUUAUUCAUUGGAAGAAAGAGGGAAAGUGUGAUUAGCUUUUGGGAAGCCAGUCAUUUGUGUCCGAAUGUAGGCCUCACAAAAUUGAAGCUGAAAUCACUCAUUAAAUUAGAUGAGCAUGAUAGAUUUGUAAUGCAUAGUGAGCUGAGGGAUAUGGGACGAGCUAUUGUAGAAGAGGAAUCAGCAGAACCAGGGAAGCGUAGCAGAUUAUGGAAGCCCGAAGAGGUUGAACUAGUUCUGACGGAAGGAAAGGGAACAGAAAGGGUGAGAUGUCUUAUGAUUACCCACCUUCAGCAAGAUGUAAAACUUCAAACUCAUAAUUUGCAAAGAAUGUGUACUUUGCAAUUGCUUUGGCUUGAUGGAGCUCUUAUAGAGGGAGACUAUACAAAAAUGCCUCCAGAUUUGAAGUGGCUAAGAUGGGAAAACUGCCCUCUAAAAUGCUUGCCAUGUGAAUGGAAUAUGAAACAUCUAGCAGUUCUCGAUCUAAGCUUCAGCAAAGGUAUUGAGGCAGUGUGGCCAGAAUCAUCCAAUAAGGAGGGGCCAAAAAACCUCAAAGUACUUAAGCUAAAUUACUGCACAAGUUUUCAAGUCCUUCCAGAUUUAGCCAACCACAGAUCUCUCAUACAACUGGAGCUCUGUGGUUGUAAAGAGUUGAGGGAACUGCCAGAGUCCAUUGAAUUUCUGACAGAGCUUAGGUACCUUGAUCUGUCAAACUGCUGCAACUUAAUCCAACUUCCUGAAACCAUAACUAAACUGAAAUCCCUGGAGGCGCUUUUUCUAUCUAAUUGUCACAGCAUCAGAAUGUUACCUGACUCAUUUGAACAUCUAAGAGUUUUAAAAAAAGUCAAAUUGGACGGAAUACCCUUGAAGAAUUUGCCCAGUUCCUUUAGAUGGUUGUUCUCCUUGGAGAAGCUUUCUCUUCGCUUUUGCUAUAAAUUAAGAAGCCUUCCUCCAAUAGGAGAGCUGAAUCACUUGAGGUAUCUGGAUUUACAUGGUUGUUCUAGUUUACAGACUCUACCUGACUCAGUGUAUGAACUUAAAAGCUUAUGCCGGUUGGAUAUGACUGGUUGCAAAAGAAUCAGCUUAGGAGCAGAGCUAGGGGAUCUUGUUUGCAUGAAAAGGUUGGUUCUAAGUAAUUGUGCAGCAAUAUGGAGCUUGCCUAAAACAAUAGGCCAACUUAAUUGUUUACAACAUCUGAACCUGAACCACUGCACUUCUUUGUUUCGAUUGCCAGAGGAGUUAGGAAAUCUGGUCCAUUUAGAAGAACUGUUGAUAAAUGAAUGCUACAAUCUAUUUGAACUUCCAGAAAGCAUUGGGAAUCUUUCAUGCCUAAAGACUCUAGAAAUGGAAGAAACCUACAGCCUAUCUUGUCUUCCACCCAGCUUUUCAAGACUUACUUCCUUAAAGCAUCUAAAAGCAAGUGGUUGUCCUCUACCACAACGUGUUGGAGAUUUUUCAUCAUUAGAAAUUCUGCAUCUUAAAUCCUAUAAAAUGACCUUUUUGCCACCAACUUUUGUCUCACUUUUGCGACUAAGCAAACUCUACCUAUAUCACUGCACGGAGUUUUCAGAACUUCCAUAUCUUCCAAAGGAACUCAUUGAACUGUAUAUUGAAGACUGUUUGGGACUAAAGGAAAUCUCUAACAUGCAACAGAUGAAGAGGCUAAAGCUUCUGAGGAUACACAACUGCAGGGAACUUGUUGAAUUGCCUGACAUUGGGUCCCUGCAGUCAUUGCAAGAACUCUCAAUAUCAGAAUGUAGGAAUGUUAAGCGUAUUCAAGGAAUGGAAGGACUGAAAUCCUUAAGAAGAGUGCAUGUUACAGGUUGCAGAUUGGCCGGUUCAGGAAGCUCAAUAUUGAAACCCUGCCAAUUAAUUAAGGAAACGCAUUGUCCAGAGUUGCUCAGUUUUUCUGCAAAUGGGGUACCAGAGUGCUUAGAAAAGAAGAUGGAAACAAAUGGUGAUGAUUUACUCUAUGUUACAUUGGACAGUAAUGAACAAUGUUCAGGGGUUAUAUUAUGCUUUGUGGUGAGGUUCAAGUGUGGGAUUAGCUCAGUCGCUGUAGAACUAGGCACUUUAAGAGAUGGCAAGGAGAUUUUCAAUACCAGGCUUGUUAACCACUCAAAAACUGUAGAGGGGGAUCAGAUUUUUGUGCACAUUUUGCAUAAAAAUCACCCCAUGGUUAUGAUGUUGCAGAUUAAAGAUGUUGUCCGGGCAAAGGCAGACAGAGAUGAGGAAAGAAUGCUAAUAAGAAGUGGUGGAAUGCAAUUCUUCUCUGAAGGAGAAGAUGGGAAAAGAGAAGAUCUAAUACUGGAGAGCCUGGGAAAGGAUUUGACAAUGUUAAUGGAAGAUUACUCUGAAAAUCUAGCAUUUGAAGAUGAUGAAUAAAAUUGGAGCUGGAAAAUAUUUUCAGUGUACUGUUCUAGUGAAUGAGGCUCAGUUUUAAUAGAGUGGUUCCCUUUUUUGUAAGUAGCCUCGGAAAAAAGCAUGGUAUCCGUAGAUGUUUUGAAUCAUAAACAAGAAUCAAGUUAGCUAGAUCCUAUAUUACAUGUCAUAAAUAUGUGAUAUUGCAGUGUCAUAUAUGGGCAACUGCAAUUAAGUCAAUUCAAAUAAUUCACAUUGGUCAUUCAACAA